AUGAGCUCUGAUUUAGUUCCAGCCAAAAAGGAAGGUAACACUGUGCCUUUUUGUACAGCAAAACCCUCCCCCAGCUUUAUUAAUCUUCAGGCAAGCUUCCCACCAACCACUUUUCUGAACGUCCGGACAACAAAGCUGCCCUCAGCCCAAGAAAUGCCUAGGACUCCCAGAAUGUAUGUACGUCAGUCUCCAGCUUCAGACCCAGCUUGCCCAGUGACAGAUGGUAUUGGAAAAUUCACAAGCAUCCAUGACACAACUGGCUCCUGGGAAGAAAAGCAAAAAUCCUUAUCUCCCAGCUUUAUCUUGUAACCUGUUGUUAAAUCACCUGCUCCAAAUCAAAAAAUGAAUUGUGGAACAAAA